AUGGAUUUUCCAUCUCCAUCCAUUCAUUCCAUUCGAGUUUCAAGUUCAACUAUUACACCCGGAUUUAAUCAAACAGUCUCGCCUGGCGGUGUUUUUCCAACACUUCCCGUGACGCCAAGUAAUCAACAUAUAGAAAUAAGCACCACAACCAGACCUUGGUUACCACCAAAUCUUUCAAUACUGCCUACAACAGUCGCAAUACCUGAUCCUCCAUCUGCAUUUAACUCCAUUCGAGUUUCAAGAACAACUAAAUCUCAAACAUCAGGAAACACGGUUGCUAUACCUCUAUUCAAUGCAACAGUCUCGCCUGGGGACAUUUCUGCAACACAUCCCCCAACACCAAAUAGUCAACAUAUUGAAAUCAACACCACAACUCUGCCUACAACAGGUAUGUUAGAUUUAAGAACUCGUUUCACUAUAUUUUUUCAAAAGGCACAUAUGAGUAGCGAAUAUAUGAUAAAUUUUGCUUGAUUAGUG